GAGAGUUCCACUGCUGAACAGCCCUUCUCACUGUGAGGAAGUUCUUCCUGAGGUUCAGGUCAUAGAAUCAUAGAAUAGUCCAGUCGGAAGAGACCUCAUGGGCCAUCCAGUCCAACCCCAUUCUGCCAAGAAGCAGGAAAUCACAUUCAAAGCACCCCCGACAGAUGGCCAUCCCGCCUCUGCUUCAAAGCCUCCAAGGAAGGAGCCUCCACCACAGUCCGGGGGAAAGAGAGAGUUCCACUGCCGAACAGCCCUUCUCACAGUCAAGUUCUUCCUGAUGUGUGGUUGUUGUAUGUCUUUCGGGCUGUGUGGCCAUGUUCCAGAAAUAUUCUCUCCUGAUGUUUCGCCCACAUCUAUGGCAGGCAUCCUCAGAGGUUGUGAGGCAUGGAGAAACUAGGCAAGGAAGGUAACCUCUGGAUGAACCUUGUGAAGAACACUUUGCCCUUUGUUUUAGGACUGAAAUGAAAGUACACAGCACAGAUAAGAAGAGGAAAUAAGUUGCAGGAAUUAUAUUUCAAGCUACAUACCUGUGUAUUCAAGGAGGAAAGGGAGGAUUGUGCUGUAAGAAGAGGGGCAUGGUAGAGAGGAAAGAAGACUACAGCAAUCAAUACAAGGACUCAAAAGAGGAAAUCUUGUUCACAGUACAUAUCUGUGAACUUCUGGCAUAAUAUCUGGAUCAUAAAUGUAAAAGAAUGGAAAAUCUCAAUUACCUGUCAAAAUCACACACAGAGGAUAAACUACAUAAUUGUAUGGACUGCGGGAAAUGUUCCAGUGGGAGAAGUUCCCUUACUAAACAUCAACAAACUCACACAGGGGAGAAGCCAUAUAAAUGUGUGGAAUGUGGAAAGAGCUUCAGUCGCAGUGGGAAUCUGCGUACUCAUCAAAAGACACAUACAGGGGAGAAGCCAUACAACUGCAUAGAAUGUGGAAAGAGCUUCAGUCACAGUGGGAAUCUGCGUAAUCAUCAAAAGACACAUACAGGGGAGAAACCACAUAACUGCAUGGAAUGUGGGCUGAGCUUCAGUCGCAGUGAUAGUCUGCGUAGUCAUCAAAGGACACAUACAGGGGAGAAGCCACAUAACUGCUUGGAAUGUGGAAAGAGCUUCAGUCACAGUGCGACUCUGCGUAUUCAUCAAAGGACGCACACAGGGGAGAAGCCACAUAAAUGCCUGGAAUGUGGAAAGAGCUACAGUAAGAGUGGAAAGCUGCGUUCCCAUCAAAGGAUUCACACAGGGGAGAAGCCACAUAAAUGCUUGGAAUGUGGAAAGAGCUUCAGUCACAGUCACAAUUUGCGUGCCCAUCAAAGUAUCCACACAGGAGAGAAACCACAUAAAUGCUUGGAAUGUGGAAAGAGCUUCAGUGAGAUUGGAAAGCUGCGUACCCAUCAAAGGACCCACACAGGGGAGAAGCCACAUAAAUGCCUGGAAUGUGGAAAGAGCUUCAGUGCGAGUGGACAUCUGCGUUCCCAUCAAACGAUUCACACAGGGGAGAAGCCAUAUAAAUGCUUGGAAUGUGGAAAGAACUUCAGUCGCAAUACAAGUCUGCGUAUCCAUCAAAGGACCCACACAGGAGCGAAGCCCCAUAACUGCAUGGAAUGUGGAAAGAGCUUCAGUCGCAAUACAGGUCUGCGUAUCCAUCAAAGGACCCACACAGGGGAAAAGCCACAUAAAUGCAUGGAAUGUGGAAAGGAUUACAGUGCAAAUCUGUGUCUCGAUCACAGGACACUCGUCAGGGGAGAAGCCACAUAACUGUAUGGACUGUGGAAAGAGCUUCAGUCACAAUAAGAGUCUGCAUAUCCAUCAGAGGGCCGACACAGGAGAGAAGCCACAUAAAUGCAUCGAAUGUGGAAAGUUUCAGUCAAAGUGGAGGUCUAUGUAUCCGUCAAGGGAACCACAUAGGCGACAAACCACACAAAUAUAUGGAAUGUGGAAAGAGCAGCACACAGGGUUCAGCAUGCAUUAGACACCAAAAAACUUAAACACAGCUAGAGGACACCUGCAUGUAUGUUUCCUAGUUCUGCUAAAAGCAUGUCCCCACUCAGAAAAAAAAUGAGAGAAUGAACAGAAAAUUGAAGGCCGCCAUCUUGGUCUGUAUCUAUCGUGUACAGCACUUUCUGUGGUCUGGCUUGACUGAUUCUGGGGGCAGGUCUCUCACAGGGGAGGACUUUUCUCAGUAUUGCAGCCAGCUUGGCUUCUGGGAUGAUCUCUGAAGGCUUUCUGAAAUGAGCAGCAACUGAGAUCUCAUGAUAAAAGGGUUCUGGAAUAGAAUAGCUCUUUUGUAGCAGAUAAUAUCAUACAUCUGGCCCUGGAUCUUGGCUCUGCUGCCCCUUGGAUAGAAUUCUGGACUCUGGCCUUGUUCCUAUAAUCCUGUUCUGGACUCUAUUAUACCCUGAAUCAUUUACUUUAAAUUCUGGACUGACUGCUUGGCUUGAUUUGUGGACUUGGACUUCAGUUUGCAUCCCUGCCUCUCUGGCUUGACUUUGGAAUUCUGACUUCGGUUUGUACUCUUGCAUUCUUGGUUGUUAUUUUAUGAACUAUGGUGAAUGCAUCCAUGACAUCUGACUAUUGGACUGCUCUUGUCAAAUUUGUGUUUAUUUGUAAAUUAUGUAGUCAUAGUUUUAAUUGUAUGCCGCUUUAGGUUUCCUUCAAGAGAGAUAAAGUGGGGUAUAUAUAAACAUAAUAGUAAUGCCUGCAUAGAGCAAACCCCCUGUAGUAAUUGUGACUGUUCUGUCAUUACCAUUAGCAAAGGGUCCUUUAGGAUACACAGCAUCUCCCUAAUUGCUCGGAAUAGAUGACAUCAGCUGAUAAAGAUUCUUGAAUCUGUUGAGAUAGACAAAUCUUCUAAGUUGAUGAAGGGAAAUGUUUGUCUAACUACAAGCAAGAUUGGCAACUACUAAUUUACUAGUUAUAAUAAUGAAGGGACAUUUGUUUAUUGUGGCUUUUAGGAAUUAAUUUAAUAUAAUUAAAAUGGAAGAUUAAAUAUAGAACAGCAUUUAAAGUGAGUAAAUAGAGAUACAAAUCAGCAUGCAGUGAGAGUUUUGUAGUUUCAUUUUUCUAUUAGUUUUGUUCUUAUGUAAGUAUGUGUCGCUGACUCUUUUAUGUUUGUUAAGUAGUCCUUUUUUAAAAAAAAAUUGCCAAAAUAGUAAUUUGUAUAAAGAAUUAUUGGAACAACCUAUUAAGAGGACAGAAAUAGAGAAUUUAUUAAGAAUUUAAAAGCUGGGAAAGCUCCAGAUCUGGACGGAUUGGGAACAGAAUAUUAUAAAAGUUAUAGAGAAAUAUUGGCUCCAAAAUUAUUAGAAUUGUAUAUUGUAAUAAUGAAAGGAGAGAAAAUACCAGAAUCAUGGAGGAAGUCAUUAAUAAUAUUAAUAUGAAAACUGGUUAAAGAUUUAACAGACGCAGGGUCAUAUAGGCCCGUAUCAUUAGUUAACCAGGAUGCAAAGAUAUUAUCAGCUAUAAUAGUCAAUAGAAUGAUUAAUGCAUGUACAAGUAUGUAUAAAAAGUUCAAUGUGGGUUUGUAAAAGGAGGACAAAUGUCACAUUUGAUAGGGAGAGUGUUAAAAUAUGUGUGUCUCGAGGGGAAGUUUUGUGUCAGGAAGCAUGCUGGGCCCAUAACCAAUUGUCAGAGUAAUUUGCAGUGCAGCAGUAGAUGGUUUCAGUGGAACGCAGAAUGAAGUGACAUCCAGAGACUUUGGUAAAACUAUAUACAAAGUUUUACUGUACAAAACAAACAGACUUGCAGACAAUAGACACAGGACUUAACAUCUAGGCAGACAGCAUAGAACAGAUCUGAUGCAACCAGCAAUGCACACACACUUGUGUCUGGACACUCCCCAGCUCCAGCCACACACCAAGGUCAUCACAGCUUCUUAGCAAUUAACUCUUUCCAGACUAUAGUACACUCUGGAUGAUGCAAUCAGUAUGCAAUACUGACAAGACACAAAUUUCAUUUAAACACUAUCUAUACACAAAUCCCACAUUAACAGUCUGUACCAGCUUGAGCUGAGCUGUUUCGUCCUCCCCAUGCCAUGACUGUUGAGAGGGGGAGGCUGGGAGUGCAUCUCAGAUAAGGGCCAUCUGUACUGGGGGAAACAGACACCGUAGGAUCUUUGGUGAGAAUUGAAUGUAGCUAGUAGACUAGAUAGUAGGAGUGGUCAUGGGUCAGCAGGAGGAUAUACACAGAAAUUGGCGGGAAUUGUUCAGAGCUGUUUUUCUGUUGCCAAUGGUAAGGAAAAUAAAUCUAUAUCCAAGGAA